CCAGAAUAAUAAUAACUCACGCGAACGUUUCUCUCCUCCUCCGUCUCUCGUCGAUCCCACUCUUCACGUCUCGCAGAUAUUUUGGCUAGAUUCAAGCUUCAAAACCCUAAUUUCUGUAGCCAUUAGCAUCGAUUUCAGCUCAAACUACAGAUUCAAGGAAACAAUUAUUUUAGCUUCUCAAGUGCUACUUCAGUGAUCAGAUACAAUGUCAGCUUUGUUCAAUUUCCAUUCGUUUCUGACGGUGGUGCUGCUUGUGAUCUGCACUUGCACAUAUCUCAAGAUGCAGUUCCCUGCCAUUUUGGAGCAGAAAACUGGGUUUCGAGGAUUCUUUUGGAAGGCUGCUAGAAUAGGUGAGCGUUUGAGCCCUUGGGUCUCUGCUGGAUGCUUCAUGAUGGGUGUGUCGAUCAUUUUCUUUUGAGUGUCAACUUCUUACAGAACCGGUUCGUCUAGAUUUUUCUGUAUGCAAAAGAUUCCAAGGGGUUGUUGAUGAAACCGAAAGAGUAGAAUAUUAUCCUCUUUGGAUUAUGGAUAUGGUCUUGUAUUUGGAACAAUUGUGUCUAAUAUUUUGAUGUGUGAGACAA